GACUUCACAAGGAGCACUUGAAGGCAACUUUGGCCAACGGUGUUCUUUUGUGGAGCGCAUGCGUAGUGAGCAAAGUAGGAAGCGGAGCAGACGAGUUUGACGGAUUAUGUGGACAUAUCGGUGAGCGAAAGCAGUUGCUUUCGAAUCAUUUAUUUAGGGUUUAUGUACCCGUGGAAAGAAGUGAGUGUCGUUAAAAUGGAAGGCUGACAGCUUAAAUGCCAUUCAAUAUAAUUCAAUGUAUACGUAUGUAUUAAAAACUGAGCGACAAUGAUGUCCGAAUGCGACCCGACAGAGACAGAGACCUGCGAGCCCGUGCUGGACACCGGAGCAACAGCGGUGCCUGCUUCGGAGUGUAACUUUCACUCCUCAGACCCUCCAAAGGUAUUAUUUGACAGGAACAGGUUAGGUUUGGGGCUUGCGGUGAACCCUGGAGUCGCCGUUCGUAUUUCGGACUCUCGUGAAAGCGUCUUGACCGAGCUGGAGACGGACGGCUCCGGCGAAGAGGCGCUGUUGUUACCUUGCUUAACAGGAAGCUCGUCGUCUCCGCGGGGUGUACGAGAGAAGCGGAACAGACACAGCUCGUCGUCGGAUAAAGACAUCUUGGCCUCCCCAGGUACCAACAGUGGGGACUUCAACCAUUUCCCUGACGAUCCCGAGUUUGCAGAUAUCAUCCAAAGGGCGGAACAAGCUAUUGAGAAUGGUGUCUUUCCAGAGAGGAUUUCCCAGGGUUCCAGUGGGAGCUACUUUGUCAAAGACUCAAAAGGGAAAAUCAUUGGUGUUUUCAAACCAAAGUCAGAGGAACCUUACGGUCACCUGAACCCCAAGUGGACCAAAUAUUUUCACAAGCUGUGCUGUCCGUGUUGUUUCGGCCGAGGCUGCUUGUUGCCUAACCAGGGUUACCUCUCAGAGGCUGCUGCCUCACUGGUUGAUACCAAGCUCGGCCUGGGAGUGGUGCCAAAAACGAAGGUGGUGUAUCUGUCUAGCGAGACGUUCCACUACAGCGCCAUCGAUAGAGCCAAAUCCAGGGGGAAGAAGUACGCCUUAGAGAAAGUCCCCAAGGUGGGACGACGCUUCCACAGAGUGGGCCUGCCACCCAAGGUGGGCUCAUUUCAGCUGUUUGUGGAGGGUUACCGUGAAGCGGACUACUGGCUGCGACGCUUUGAGGCAGAACCUCUGCCAGAGAACAUCAGGAAGCAGCUGCAGUCACAGUUUGAGCGGCUGGUAGUGUUGGACUACGUCAUCAGAAACACAGAUCGAGGGAAUGACAACUGGUUGAUCAAGUAUGAGAAGCCAGGAGAAGGAGGAGAGGGAGAGGGACAAAAGGAUGCAGAGUGGCCAGAGAGUAGCUCGGACUCCUGCAUCAAGAUUGCAGCAAUCGACAAUGGCCUGGCCUUCCCCUUUAAACACCCGGACGAGUGGAGAGCCUACCCAUUCCACUGGGCAUGGCUCCCCCAGGCUAAGGUGGCCUUCUCCCAGGAGACCAGAGACUUGGUACUGUCCCGCCUCUCUGACAUGAACUUUGUCCAGGACCUCUGUGAGGACCUCUAUGAGAUGUUCAAGACGGACAAAGGCUUUGACAAAACCAUGUUUGAGAGACAGAUGUCUGUAAUGAGAGGGCAGGUAUUGAACCUGACCCAGGCGCUGAAGGACGGGAAGAGCCCCAUCCAGCUGGUGCAGAUGCCCCGGGUGGUAGUGGAGCGCAGCCGCUCAGGCGGUCAGGGACGUGUGGUCACACUUGGCAACGCCUUCACACAAACCUUCCACUGCAAGCGCCCCUUUUUCUCCUCUUGGUAGUCAGAGAUGGGUGAGGAGGGGAGCUGAGAAGAGACUUCUGCAACGACCCUUUUUUAUCCUGAAGUCGGGAAGCGAGGGAGAAGAUGUGAAUAUCGCACUGGAGGCUGCUCAUAUUUCCUUGACAAGAAAAGAAAUGAAGAGGAAGACAUGGAUGAUGGAGAGUAAGAGGAGAAAUGUUUUGUGAAGAAAUUGGGUUUAGGCCCAUUCCUCAUUUUGCAAAGAGAGUGCAGAGAAGCAUGGGAGCUGGAGAGAUUGGCAUACCAGUGUCUCCCAGAGACCUUGGGGCUGUUUGUGGUUACCAUGGUGACUUGAUUGGAUAAUCGGCCUUUCCACAGAGGUGGGCUUUGUUUAUUGUUAGGAUUUUUUUUUUUUUUUGCCCACCCAAAGUACCUACUGAAGUCUCUUGCAAGGUCUCUUAGUGUGCUAAUGGCCAAAGAACAAGCACUUACAAACCACAAACUAACAGAUCUGUGGUCCUGUAGUGUUUGGGAAUCUAAAGGACUGGUUUCACACAUCUCUCCAGAAAGUGAUUCUUUUUUUUUCUUUUUUUAAAAAUCUGGGACAGCAUUGUUCCUCGUCUGGGAUAAAGUCUAAAAAUAUUUGCUUUGCCUUGUAGGAUUACUUAUUAAAAUAUAGAUGUGCACUUGCACUGCUGGAAGUGUUUGACUAGUGCUACACAACUGGGUGAAACCGCUCUUUACCCGCUGUUAGUUUUCAAAACCACAUCUGUAGAACAAACACAAACCCAGUGUCUUCAACUCUCAGUACUGCCAAAAUCUGUUUGUGGAAGGAAUAUUUAAAAGCCUCAAGAAAUGGAUAUUGUUGAAACUUGAAUAUUAAAUUUGCAGGAGGAGGACUAGUAAUAAACACAUUGCUUGAAUGUAAUCUGUUUACGAUUUCUAUACAGAUUCUUGCUCCUAAGCAUUUCAGUACGAGUGAAUACUGUCAAAAAAAAAAAAUAGACUUUUCCGGUAACAAUGAAUGUAUUUGUUGUUUGACAUGUAUUUAAUUGCUGGCAAGCAGCUAUCUCUUGAACCUGGUGGCAUGGGGGAUGGCACCUCGUCCCUCCCCUUUAUAAUAAAUUAUAUGAAGAGGAAAAACAAAACAGAGGACAAUAUUUCACACUUGCUCGAUGCUGUUGUGUUUUCUUAUGUAUGCAUCUUGAAAUUUUUAUUCCAACUCAAUGAUUGUUUGAGAAAUGUUGUAUAUUUAACAGUUGAAAAAUAAAAUUUGGGAAAUUUGA